GUGGAAUUUCUCGAUUCACUGUGAUCGUUUCCUAGAGUCAGCACGCAAGGCAGGGAUUAAGUCCAAGUGGAGUAGGGAUGAUAUUUACAGCAUAGUAGAGCAGCUAGUUGCCGUCACUAAAUUGAGAGAGGCCACGGUCCGGUUGUGGAUGACGUCUGGUCCUUCUGGGGCAUUUGGUAUCAACCCUGAGAAAUGCGUCGAGCCCUGCUUAUACAUAGUCGUUUUCCCAUCAGCAUAUGUUAACACUGAUAAACCCGAUGCCAAAAUUCAAGUACCUGCUGAUGCCGUUGAGGAAGUGACCGUAUCGUCGGACGUUGUUCCAUUCAAGCCGCCAAUGCUCGCAUCGUGCAAGUCUAAUAAUUACCUCUUGAACGCUCAUCUUUUUAUGGAAGCGCAAAAACAGGGAGGUCACUUUGGCAUUUGGGUUGAUGAGAAGGGCGUUGUGAAGGAGUCUUGUACGAUGAGUGUGGUGAUGAUGACGAAGAAGGGUGAGGUCGUUGGGCCUGCUUUUGAUGGUGGAAUUUUGAAGGGCACGACUAUGAGGAGAAUCUUCGAGAUCUGUGCUGCUCAAAACCCGCCUAUUCCGGUUGUCCAGCGUGAAAUUAAGAAGGAAGAACUAUACGAUGCCAAGGAGGUGAUCAUGUGUGGUGGUGACACUCACAUCGUUGCUGCUAUUAAACUAGACGGCCACCAGAUUGGUGAUGGUAAGAAGGGAUCCUUCUGUGAACUAAUAUGCGAUGGUAUGAGUGAGGAAAUGGCCACUGGAAAGGGAAGGAAGCCUGAGGACUAUGUGCCCAUUAGGUACGAUCCCUUGUCGACGUCUGCUUCUAUUGAUGAUAUCAUUUAG